AUGUCUUCCGCCUCCAAAGUGGCCCACACGAAAGACAUACUCCACAUCAUCUUCUCCCACCUCUCCGACAACAAAGACCUCCCAUCUCUCCUGCGCACAUCUCCCCUCUUCUUUGGUCUCAUCGCUCAAAAACUCUAUCGCUCGCUACCAAUAUCGAACGUCUUGAAUCCUCUCUUGGGCGUGGAUGCCGGCGGGCGAGGCGGGCCCUAUGGAAAGACCAAGCUGUUGGAGCUCGUACAGACGGUUAUCGUAGAGCGCGCACCGCUGCCCGUCGGUCAUUCAGUAUGGGCAAACUGGUACAAACGGAUUCCCCCUCUCCCUGCUGUCGAAACCGUCAUCAUCCACCCCGCCGAUAAGACCGCCCGACAACAAGGCGGUGCAGAUAAGACCUUGCCAAACGACGCCCUCAUCGAGCGACUUUGCCGCGAUGCUAGUCGGCUACACCUCUCGACACCUUUCUAUACAGCCAGGGCCAAGGGUUUUCAGUCUAUGCCUUCUUUGCCUUGUGUAAAGACACUUGUGGUGAUGGCACACGCGGGGGAGUUUACGGAGGUCAAGUAUGUUGUUGGGAAGCUCACUUACGGGCCCUGGAAUCACGGCCGGAAGGAAUACCCACCUUGCCUCAACAUCAAGGCGGUCCAUAUACUGCUUUGGGGCGAUUUGGUGAAUCCUGGGGCGGGUUUUCUUUGGCUCACCGGCUCAACGAACGAGUUGCUCGGCAACAAGAUCUUGCACGACCUCUGCGAGAUCGUCGAAAACUUCGGCACGCGGUUCUCUAUCAACGAGCUGUGGCUGUACAAUGCCGAUACGAUAUUGGAAAGGUUGAGUGAAUGGACGAAGAGUCGGAAGGUGGAUGAUAUCAAGGCAAAGGUGGAAAUAAAAUUUGCUGAGGAGAUGAAGACGUCGGCAGAGGUCUGGGGCAUGCCGGAGGAGGCUGCGAAGGCUCAAGUCUUCUGGAGGACUGGUCAUGAGUUUUUAGAGGCUUUCUGCGAUAUGCCAGCAUGA